UUGCCAAUAGCAGUUCAAAUUUUGACAUCUUGUCAUGUUAAUAAUGUUUACGUCACCGGGAAAGAGUAAACAGUGCUAAAUUUCAAAUAAGAGGAAAAUGUUAAACAUAUUUGAGAAAUUAAGGCGUUUUGAUGCAUAUCCCAAAACCCUAGAAGAUGUAAGGAUUAAAACGUACGGUGGAGCWGUCGUCACAGUAAUUAGCCUAAUAAUAAUGAGUUUACUCUUUUGGAUUGAGUUUGUGGAUUACUUAACACCAAAUGUGUCCGAAGAACUUUUUGUUGACACGUCAAGGAGUCCUUCAAUUCAAAUAAAUUUGGACAUUAUUGUACCUACAAUCUCAUGUGACUUUUUAGCCUUAGACGCUAUGGAUUCCUCAGGUGAACAACAUCUACAAAUUGAUCAUAAUAUAUACAAAAGAAGGUUAGAUCUACAAGGGCAACCAAUUGAAGAACCAAAAAAAGAAGACAUAACAAUAAAAAGUAAAAACGCGACAGAAGUUGCAGCUAAAAAUAAAACUGAAUGUGGAAGUUGUUAUGGGGCUUCCUUUGAUCCUAAUAGGUGUUGUAAUACUUGUGAAGAUGUUAGAGAGGCUUACAGGGAGAGAAGGUGGGCAUUUCCUGAAAACCCUGAAAAUAUAACUCAGUGUAAAGAAGAAAGAUUUAGUGAGAAACUCAAAACUGCAUUUGCUCAAGGUUGUCAGAUAUAUGGCUCACUCACAGUCAACCGAGUCAGUGGCAGUUUUCACAUAGCUCCUGGGAAAAGUUUUAGCAUAAAUCAUGUACACGUACAUGAUGUCCAACCCUUCUCAUCAACCGAGUUUAAUACAACACACAGGAUAAGACACUUGUCUUUUGGGGCAAGCAUUGACAGCGACACCCACAACCCCCUUAAAGAUACUGUAGGACUUGCAGAAGAAGGUGCUACCAUGUUUCAAUACCAUAUAAAAAUCGUACCAACUUCGUAUGUAAAAAAAGACGGUGAGGUCAUAAAUGCUAAUCAAUUUUCGGUGACGAAACAUAGGAGAGUGAUUUCAUUAAUGAGUGGAGAAUCUGGAAUGCCAGGGAUUUUCUUUCAGUAUGAAUUGUCUCCACUUAUGGUUAAAUACACAGAACGGAGCCGGUCGUUUGGUCAUUUUGCGACAAAUGUGUGUGCAAUAAUUGGUGGUGUAUAUACAGUGGCUGGACUGAUUGACACAAUGUUGUACCAUUCAGUGAAACUUAUUCAAAAGAAAAUCGACUUGGGGAAGUUCCAUUAAAAACAGUAUUUUUAAGACUAGUGUUAAGGAUUUGCUAUGACUUUGAAAUAAACGACGCAGUACAAACAUUUUUUAUUUACAAUUU